GGCAAAACUCCACAGAGCGAGCGAUGUCAAAACUGUUUGCUCAACAACAUCUAUAAGUUAAAUGUGACAAAUCAAACAGUUUGCAUCCUUGAACACAAGACACCAUGAGGAGAGUUGCUCUGUUUCUGCUACUGACUGGACUGCUGGCCAGUGGACAAGGCUGGAGUAACAGCUAUGAUGAGCCUUUAAAUUUUAAGUGUCCUCCAGGCCAGUCUAUAUCAUCCAUAACGAGCACACACAACAAUUUUUAUGAGGAUCGUCAGUGGGAUUUUGGCUGUAAAGACAAAUUCAUCCAGAGAACUGGCUGUGUCUUAUCACAUUACGUCAAUAACUUUGACCAAGACUUCACAUUCGAGUGUCCACAACACUACGUGAUUACUGGAAUGAAUAGCUUCCACAACAACUUCUUUGAGGACAGACAGUGGCAGUUUUACUACUGUAAAAGUAAGUGUGAGGUCAGCUCAAACUGUCAGUGGACUCCAUACGUGAACUGGUUGGAUGAGACCUUCCACUGGAAUGUGCCUGACAAUCACGUUCUGGUGGGCGCUGGAAGCUACCAUCAUAAUGUUCAUGAAGAUCGGCGAUGGAGGUACAAGUACUGUGAGCAAAAAUCAUGUUGACAAGACUCUGUAUACUCUCACAGUUCAGUGAACCUUGAUAUUAAAAAGCUGAAAACAG